CUUGAAUCCCCUUCGCCCUAGGAUGCUUUAUGGAGAAGAUAUCGAAAAUGUGAAAAGUUUACAGACGACACACGAUAGAUGGACACCCUUUCAGGCUUUGAUCAGAAAAGCUCAUUGGAUCCUUUGGAUCAGCUACAGCCUAAAAGUAUCCUCCUAGCCGAGCGAUGGACAAGUUUGGUGACAAAAGGUUUUUCAACCACGGACUCUCCAAUGUUAAUAUUUGUGCGGAUGUCUGUCUACCUUCUCCAAGAAAAAGAUUUUCACCUUAUCAUUCUUUUGUGAACAAGUCUGAAGUGGACGCUCUGUUUCAUCCAAAUAAUCAGAAUAUAAAGGAAUUAGAAAAAGUUGGUGACCCAAAGAGCAUAAUUACUUGCAAGGAUCCUGGACCAUUACAGAAAACAGAUGAAGCAGGAGACAGGACAGGUUGGAGUGGGGUGGAGUGGGACCCUGAUCUAGGGUACUGCUCCCACAGUACUUGUAGCAGCUCUCACAAUGUGGAGCAGGGCACAGAGUCCUAUCAGUCAGAUUGUUCAGAUGUUGAGUAUGAUGGUGUUGUGCAAGGAGCAGAGAAAAUGGAAGAUGUAGUGCAACAGUUUGGGAAAUAUUUCCAAGGACAGUAUCACCAAGUGAUUCAUCAUAUCAAGUCUUCAAUGCAGAGUAUUUUGAGUGAACAACAAGAUCACUUGAGGCACAUUAUCAACUUUGCAUCCAAGUCAUAUCAGAGUUCCAGUGGAGAUCCUCUCACUGAUACAAGUUCUCUCCCUUGCCUCAUGGCAGAUGAACAUGGGAGGGAGUUACCGCCACCUUCCAGCACAGCAUGCAAUCUCGAGGAGAUGGAUGCAUUACCACCCCUUGAUGAUAUCGAAUUCUCCGAUUUCUAUUGGACACCUGACUCAUCAUAUCCACACAAUAACUUUACUGCUCACAGUUUUCCAGAUAGUCAAGAACAGCAUAAUACAAUGUCUGACAAUCAAACUGUAGAGGACACAAAAGAAAAUUUCCUACUUCAGAUUUUAUCAUUGACUUGUGGAGUGAAUAACCUUCUACAGAAAACAGAGUUCAAAACCUGACAGAAACUUUAUCAUUUAGAAUAUUUAUCUUCUCUUGGCAUAAUUAAGAAUCUCUUGGUCGCUUUGACUGUUCUCCACUGUUCUUGUGACCGAUGAUCUUGUUUUAAUGCAGUAAUUUUUUUGGUGUACUGGUGUGGGCAAAAAUAAUUAUUUUCCUUAGAAUACUUUGUGUAUUUGAAUAAUGACAAAAUGUUUACCCUUGAUAAUAUCAAUUUUAAAAAGUGUUUAUUACAAUUGCUGAUAUUCUGUAUUAUGACAUGAUGAGUUAUACAGUAAAUAAAUUGACGU